UGCUGCCAUGGUAACGGCCGCGGCUCGUCUUUGACUGUCAAGUCGCCACGAUGAAGCGUCCUGUGAAUGCUUUCAUCGAGCACGCAAUAACACCUGGUUGCCAAAGUUACCGCCCGCCGAGCGCUUCACUUGUCGCGCCAUUUCCGGUGAGCAGCAGCAGCAGCAGCAGCAGCAGCAGCGGGAAACAUGUCGAAGAGGUCUCGGCGUUGUAGAAGCGAUUCCCCGGAGAAGAGCAUCCCUUUGUCCUACCCGCGCCCGGACCUGAAGGCUUACAGCAGAAGAGAAGUCAGGAAGAGACACAGUUCUGGUGGCCCAGCCAAGUCCAGUGUCCAGGCUGCUCACAGCAAAGCGCCCCCUGCUGGUCCAGACCCCCACCUACACAAAGACCCGGACCACCACUCAGAACCUCCUGUGGAACCUGGACCCCCAGCUGCGCCACGUGAGAAGCCCCGCCCCGCAAUGAUUGAUCGCCAGUUGCAGACCAGCGGCCGUCAUGGGUAUGACCCUUCAGCCAAUGAGGGUCUUCACGGUCCACGCCACAAGGCCGAGCCGAGGCCGGCGAGUGAAAGGUUAGAUUGGAGCAGGAAGGAAGACGCCGGUCGUUCGCCGCUACUGAGGGCGCAGCAGACGCUCCGCACGGGAGUCAGAACGCACCCUGUUGCCAUGGAUACGGAGUACCGCCGCAGCUUCCAGGGCGAACCUCUGCCUCGUGGGCCCCGUCUACGGAAACACGUGGAACAUCAGCAGAGGCUUCCGCCUUUCUACGUACACACGAGGAUUAAGAAAAAGAGGGAGGACUGUGACAGGAAGCCCUGCCCCCAACAUGGCGUCCAGCAGAAGGAUACCAAUUCCCCUCCUCACAGAAGACAAAGGAAGCUGACAGAAUACGAAAUCAACUUUCGCUCCCCUCUCCACAAGAUGGCCAAAGGAGACGGACACUCAGACCACACCCCUCAGGUGAUGGCACUGAGGCAGAAGGCCUUGUGGUACCGUCGCCGGGCAUGGGGGACCCACUUCUCCAGAGACCACCUGAGCCAGCUGGUGUCCGAGCACAACGUCCUGUGGGAGCCCACCGUGACCACUGAGGACAGCCCGUGCGACGCCGUCUCCGACCCUCGCCCCGCUGUGGUACAUCGCAGCAGCAGUCCCUGCGUGGAGGCGCUUGACCUCCCCAGUCGCUCUAGCGUGUGCAGCCCUGCCUCGCCUGGACCGCCACACACUCCACCUGGGCCCGCCCUCAAAGACCACGCCGGCACCCAGACUGAAAGCAAGAUGGCGUGGGUAGCGGAAAAAGACGACGAAACGGAUGAAGAGGAAGGUCGUUUGCCUACUCCAAACAUGAGGAUGCAGAGGACUCAUCAUGACAUCACCACACCUGCCAUAGGGGGCGCCAUCCUAGUGGGAAGGCUGAAAGGGGAAGAAUGCUGCACCUGUAAUCAGGGGUGUGGCGCAGACGUUUCCGCGGCAGCCGGCAAAGCAAUACCUACUGAGGCAUGGCCUGACUGCAACGCAUACCGCCGUGCACCCUCCCCCCUGCAGAAGUCCAAAGUAAUCAGGUCCAGACUGAGCAGCCCUGCGCCCCUGCAGCACUGCCUGAAAGGCCGCCUGAGACACGCUGACUUCCAGCACAACGGUGACUUGGGUGUGAGGUUCCGAGAUCUCUCCAGAGUCAGCCUCUACUCGAACGAAGACGACCGCAUGUCCGUGAUGUCCUGCCGCUCGGCGGCGUCCUGCUCAGAGGCGUCGGCGGUGCUGGAGCGCGCUCAGAGGAGACAGGAGGACUUUUGGGAAAAGAGUUGAGAGGUCGUCAUGGAAACCGGCCUCACUGAAUAAAAAAACAUUGAAGUAGA